CAUCGUGACCUGAGAUUGACAACCAGCGAAUCGUCAAGAAGCAGAUGUGAGAUGAGCUCACUGUGGCUGCCACUUCUACUAAGCUCAGUCAUAUGGGCAGAGGAGGAUUAUUUUCAUAUUUCCCCCAAUGCCACAUGGGACAACUACACUUUCCCUGACCGAAAUACCACAUGGGAUGAGGCCAGGGACCACUGCCAGAAAUGUUUCAAAGAACUGACGACCAUCACCAGUAGAAACGUCCACCUCAUUGUGCAGGAGGACGCCUCUUUGGACUACUGGAUCGGGCUGCGCAGAAGUUACAAUGGCACCGUCUCAUGGUCCAGAUGGUCCAAUGGGAAACCCAUUACUUAUCAGAAUUGGUACCCUGGUCAUCCUGUGCCAAAUAAAGAAAAGAAAAUGAUUCCUAGAUGUUUCUCAACUACAGAAACUCCACCGAGCACCUUAAUAACUACUACAACACAAACCUCUCCAGUAACUACUCUGGUAACCUCUCCAGAAACCUCUCCAGAAACCUCUCCAGUAACCUCUACAGUAACUACUCUGGUAACCUCUCCAGAAACCUCUCCAGUAACUACUCUGGUAACCUCUCCAGAAACCUCUCCAGUAACCUCUACAGUAACUACUCUGUUAACCUCUCCAAAAACCUCUCCAGAAACCUUUACAGUGACUACUCUGGUAACCUUUCCAGAAACCUCUCCAGAAACCUCUCCAGUAACCUCUACAGUAACCUCUACAGUAACCUCUCCAGAAAUCUCUCCAGAGACAUCUCCAGAGACAUUUCCAGAAACAUCUCCAGAGACAUUUCCAGAAACAUCUCCAGAGACAUCUCCUCCUAACACACCAGAAGAUACAUGUCCUAUACUGACUGGAAUCCUCGAUUGCUUAAAUAUAACAUAUUAUGAUCUUGAAGAUGUAGUGCAAAAUUGCACAUGUGUGAAACCCGAGAUUGUCACCCCUAAGACCACAACAGAUUGCACCACCCCUCAUGCCACCACAUUUAGCACCAUCUUUAGUACCACAACAUCUGGCACCACAACAGAGAGCACCACGUCAGAAAGCACCUCGUCAGAGAGCACCACGACAGAAAGCACUACAUUAGAAAGCACCACAUUAGAAAGCACCACGACAGAAAGCACCACGACAGAAAGCACCACGACAGAGAGCACCAUGUCAGAGAGCACCACAUCAGAAAGCACCAUGACAGAAAGCACCAUGUCAGAGAGCACCACGACAGAGAGCACCACAGCCAGCAACUGCAUCUUCGAACCCGAGCCAGAUCCUGACGUGUACAUCGAGGAUGCUUGCGUGGUCCUGCUCAGCUAUGGCAUGUGGAAAGAAGUAAAUUGCAAUGAAAGUCAACACUUCAUCUGUUAUGAUGAGCGCUUCAUUGGCGAAAUAUCCAUUACCAAUGUGACAACAAGAGUGUGGAAACUGAGCUGGAGUGAGGCACCUGGUAACAUUACUCACUACAGAGUGGAAUUAACUAGGAACAAGACAAAAGAGAAACUGAUCUGGAGUGAGGCACCUGGAAACACCACUUACUCCACAGUGGAAACAACUGGGAACCAGACAAACCAGACCCUGAGCUCGAGUGAGGCACCUGGAAGCACUACUUAUUCCACAGUGGGAAUCGCUGGGAUCCAGUCACUGAGCUCGAGUGAGGCACCUGGAAACACCACUCACUCCACAGUGGGAAUCACUGGGAACCCAACAAACCAGACAUUUAAUAAUAAUAAAACUCGCCUGUAUACAUUCAUAGAGGAUCUGACACCAGGAAAUCUGUACAGUGUUCAGGUGAUUCCUGUGAAAUGUGGCAGGGAUCUCAAUCCGCAGAAUAUCUCCUUCUAUACCAUACCCUCUCCUGUGAAAGAUCUGACCGUAGUGAACGUGACAACUGAUACUGUCAGCCUCAAAUGGAGUAUACCAGAAGGAGACUGUGACUUCUAUAAAGUAUAUGUCAAAAACGUGUUGGGUCAGGUAGAAAAGAUUCAUAAAUAUACAAGUAAAGAGUGCACUAUUAUGGAUCUAACUCCAGGCAACAAGUAUGAAUUCAUAGUUACAGCUACAGUGAACGAGACUACUGAAGGUGUACCGAACAGCGUUUCUGAUUACACCAUACCUCCAAUGGUUUCAGACCUAACAUCAGCAAACAAUGAUAGCACAAAUAUAACAGCCUAUUGGAAACUUAGUUCUGGGCAAAAUAUAAAUUACCGCUAUUGUCUUAAAUUAGUCAGUAACACAGACAAGUGUACUGACUGCAACUUUGCAACAAAAUGCAUUACAAAAAACUGCACUGAUGCAACAAACAGCAACAUUACCACAAGCUGCAACAUCACAGAAAACUGCAACAAUGCACCAGACAGCAACAUUACCACAAACCACAACAUCACAGAAAACUGCAACAAUGUAACAAACAGCAACAUUACCACAAACCGCAACUUUACAGAAAACUGCAACUAUACUACAGACAGCAACAUUGCCACAAACUGUAGCAUCAUAAAAAACUGUAGCUUUUCAAUAGACUGCGAUACUACAGAAAACAAGCUCAUACAAGUGAAAGAUAAAAAAGAUGGCGCCAAGUAUUGUCUGUGUGUGGCUGCACUGACAAAGAAUGGCACCCUGUCAGGAAAAAUGGUUGGAAUCCCAGCAUACACACUCCCAAAAAGUGUGAGCCUCUUUUUAUUCCCCGACUCCCAAUACAUAUACACCAACUGGUCAAUAGACGGGAAUUAUGAGAAAUUCAAUGUGAUGAUUAAAACGGCUAAUAACACCCUGGAAAAUAUUACUCUUGCCAACUUGACUUACACUUUCAAAAACCUGAAGGCAGGAGUGGAGUACACCGUUACAGUUAUCACUCUUAAUGGUGAUCUGAGAAGUCACGAUUCUACAAAGUCAGCUUACACCAAGCCUACUAAACCUGGGCCAGCCAAGGCUAUCACACAUGACAAAACUAGCAUAACUGUAAGCUGGGAAGAACCUGCUGAGUCAACGGGGGCCAAUAUUUCCUAUAAGGUGGACUAUCAUGCUCCUUUUUGGGGUGACAGAGAUAACACAACUAUAAAAAAGAGAGUGUACACCUUUUCUAAUUUAAAAUCAGGAACAAGAUAUAACUUUGAUGUCAGAGUUUUGGCAGGAAAUGAUGAGAGUCCAGCAGUCUCUACUUAUGCAGACACAGAGCCUGAGAAGAAGACACUGACCCUCACAAUGUUGUGCUCCUCUCAAACGGCACUUCAGUGUGAAAAAAAUGAAACUCAGACUGAGCUAUUAAAACAGCUAAAUGGUAUAUUUAAAGGAAAACUUCAGGAAAAUGUCUACUGGAGGCUAAAGUGGGUGGAGAGGAAGAACAAUCCUUAAGCAAAAACUAGGUUCAGCUGGAUAUCCAAGCAGUCAUAUUUGUUGUCGUUAAUAUUUCUUAACAAGAUUACAAAUUUGUAUGAUUUAUAUUUAACUCUGACUCUCUUUUUACAGUAACAGUGUCCUUUGACAAAUCCCUAUGACGUGGCCUAUACUGUAAAAAAUGUGAUCAAUAAGUCAUGGCAACAUAUGUUUUUACAUUACUUGUUUUACAUAACUCAUCAAAACAACUGAAGCAAUUUCAGCUGUUUUUAAAUGUUAUACAAGAUUCAACUCCAUUUUUAAGUUAGUUCAAAAUAAUUUAAGUUGAAAUUACAGUAC